CAGCACAACGUCUUUGUGAUCCUCUGUCUCUGGAAUUUGGCGGUAAAACCACAACAAAUGCUUCACUUAUACACCGAUCAGAAGAAGUUAGACUCAUAUCUGGAGAAAGUACUCAAACCACUGGCCUCUGGACUUAAGGACAAGAAAGCGUUGGCGGCCUGGGAUGUGAUCAAUGAGCCGCAGGGCUCAGUGGCCGACAGUAUUACGGAUACCAAUCCCUGUUGGGACACAACUAUACUGAAGAACUCGGGCGCCGAUUGGACUCAAACCCAUUUGAAGAUGAAAGAUGUGAUGCGUUUCAUUAACCUUCACUCGGAUGCCAUCAAAACAGGCGAUCCUAAAGCGCUGGUCACUAUCGGCGACAGCGAUCUGACGAUGACUAACAUUGCGAACAAUACUCGCGACUAUUAUAGCGACAGUUGUUUGAGUCAAGCCGGGGGUAAACCUAACGGCACUUUAGACUUUUAUUGUCUCCACUCAUACACGUGGCCGCACACACCCGAUGGCAAGUACUCGGCUACCAGUCCCUUCAAACACACCAACGCUGACUAUAAGUCGCCGAAAGCACUGGUAGUCGGAGAAUUUGCUACGGUUUGUAGCGAAAGUCUGAAUGCGAGUAAAAAUUAUCGCCAAUUAUAUGACGCCAAAUAUGCCGGUGCUCUGAGUUGGCAGUACAAUGAGGGCGGAGAUUGUGCUGAUAAGAGGUCUGUCGAUGACAUCGGAAUGACUGCUAUUAAAGAUUUGACAGAAAAUGGAAAGAUUGUCAUCAAAUUGUAG